UGACGUAGAUAGCCACGGUAAUGCCUAGCUAUAGCUUUUCUUCUCUACUAUUUCUGUGUUAUUAUUUCGCAAAAUCUCUCUCUUUCUCUCUCUCUCUCUCUCUGCAUAUAUAUAUAUAUAUAUAUGGAUGUGUGAGAAGCCAUAUAAGGGGAGAGGGGAGGGUGUUAUAUCUCGUUUUGGUUGUUUUUGGGAUCGUGAAAGUGGAAGAUCGGAUCGAGAGCUCUCGCACUCUCGAACGAACGCUAGGCCCUUUCCCUCUCUCCGAAGAACCAAGAUGAUUUAGCCAGUUUUCCAGAGAGAGAAACAAAGGGUGGGCAAGGUGAUCUGAAAUAGGGUUUUGGCCUCUUCACAGCAAGCAGCUAGAGAGCGUGGAAUAACUAAAACGAUGUCAUCGUCAAACUCUCCGUGCGCCGCCUGCAAGUUACAGCGGCGAAAAUGCACGCAAGAGUGCGUGUUCGCGCCCUACUUCCCGCCGGACAAUCCCCAGAAAUUCGCCAACAUUCACAGGGUCUUCGGCGCGAGCAAUGUAGCCAAGAUCCUCAACGAACUCAACGCUGCCCAGCGCGAGGACGCCGUCAAUUCCCUGGCCUACGAAGCCGACGCCCGCCUUCGCGACCCGGUUUACGGCUGCGUCGGCCUAAUCUCUAUUCUCCAGCACCGCCUCAAGCAAGUCCAGAUCGAUCUCUACAACGCCAAGAAAGAAUUGGCCAACUACAUCGGCCCCUCGGCGAUGCUCCCAAUUUUCCAGAACCCCGUCUUCGUGCCGCCCCAUCCGGCCAACAACCCUUCCUCCUCUUCGGUGAUUCCUUACAACAUGUCGCCGAUGCUGGGCUUGCCGGCGGGAGGGGCAUCGCAUGGUGCACAGUUGAUGAUUCGUGAUCCACAGCAGCAAUUGCACCACCAGAUGCUGGAGGCGCAGCAGCUGGCGGUGGCGAGAGAGCAGCAGGAGAUGCUGAGGAGUUACGAGCAACAGCAACACCAGCAGCAGGAGCUUGUGAGUGGGUUCGACGUCGCCGGACCUGUCGGAGCAAGUGGUUUCGGGCAGAUGACCGGUGCAGCCGCGGUAUCGCCAUCCUUGGCUUUGGGCUCGUUCGACAACCCUUACCAGAUUCAACAACAGCCGCAGGAUCACGCGCAUCCUCAUCAUCAUCAGAUGCAGCUUCAGCCGCAGCUUCUGCUUCAGCAGCAGCAGCAGCAACAGCAGGAACCGCAGGGACCUGUAGCGCAGCAGCAGAGGUCCGGAAGCGAAGAGGGUCGAAGCGCUGGUCCGUCCUGUUGAUGGUUUUGGAAGCUCAGACGGCCCUCUUUGCUUACUCGUUCAACAAUUUUUGUUCCUGAGUCGACUCUCUAGCUACUUGCCAUUUUGCUUGGAGGAAGGAGGGUGGCUGCUGCUGGCCAAAUUAUAAAGUUGAAGAAACUUGUCCAUGAAACUUUAGAGCGCCAGGGUUGGUCAAUCAAGGUAGGAACGUUCCUCAAUGGGCAUAAUCAAUUCAGUUUUAUUUUUAGUUACUCCUUACUUUUCAUCUUAUAGACAAAUUGGAAGAAUAUUUCAUUUCCCCCAAAGUCAGUAAAUAUAUUCAUCAGCUUGGAAAGUCAUAAAAUGUCAGCCUGCAGCCUGCCUAAACUUUUCCAUUACACACACACACAUAUAUAUAUAAUAGACACAGGGAUCUCUCUCUCUCUCUCUCUACACACACGACUUUCAUACUGAUUUGUGUUAAUAGUCUUUGUUAGUUUAGUUUACUUUGCUUAAUUCUAUCCAUCAUAAAGGGAAAGUUGAACCGCCAUGAAUGUCAAUAUCGUCCACCCACCUAGCUCUCUCCUUGUCUUCUCACAGCUUAGCCAGCGCCCUUUUAUCACAUGAUUGAAUCAUUGUCUAUAGACAUUUACAACAUUUGACUAGGUUUUGUCAAAGAGGCAAGUCUUAAUAGUACCACCAGUAAGUUUAUUUUUUAUAUGAUUGGAAAAUCAUGAAUUUAAAUUGGAAAAAUAAUCUCUUAAUAAGAAAAUGGAAAAAAAAAAAAAGAUUGAAAAAAAUAUGAUCUCAAUGUGAUCAAUGCCCUUUGUAUGGUCAAUGACAAUGAACCCGGCCGGGUAGAGGAACAUCAAUAUCGUAUUGACAUUUUAAAUUGGUCAUUUUUGACUUAUGGUCGUGUGCUGCCAAAGCGUAGCUGGGCAAGGUUUUAUUAAUUUGGGCAAUUCACAUCAGAUGCAAAUCAGUCCAUUUUUCAAUGGUCUUCUCUGGAAGUUUCAAUCCCAUUCCGGGUCUUGAAAUUAAACAAGCUGCUUCUGUUUUGCUCCCUUUUUCUUACUGAUAAAUUGCUUCUUGUAAACUUGCACGCAACGUACAAAGAGAUUUUUGUGCCACUGCUAAGCAUUAAUUCCUUGAUCAAUUCUUUCUAUGCAUUUUAUCAUGAAUAGGAAGGAUGAGAGGAGGGUGUGAGUGUGUGGAUGGCUAUGCAAUUGCAUGCGAUAGAUCGAAAUAGAUAGAUAUUAUACAAUUGAAUACAUAUAUAUAAACCACUAAACCUCUUCCCCUCUUUUUAUGGUUUAAAAUUAUUUAUCAAGUCGACUUUCAAAUUUUACCCAAUUAAUAGAAAGGAAACAUCAGGUUUCAUUUUCUUUCAUUAGUUAUCAAAUGCUUUUAAAUGGAUUUUAAAUUUAUAUAAUAAUUGUGACCCUGAUUAAUUAAAAUUUCUUGUGUGUGUGUGUGUGUUUGUGUUUCCUAAUUAAACUAGCGUGCAAAACAUGCAAGUCUUAACCGAUCUCACUAGGUAUAUAUAGUCAAGGUGUUCCUUAAAGAAGGGUACGUAUUUUGUAAUAAUUUUUUGAAUUAGAAUAGUUUCUUUUUUUUUUUUUUUUAGAAAAUUUAUUUUAAUUCUUCAUCAAACCCAUUUCUUUGUGCAUCCAGAACAACUUCGCGAAGUCACUGAAUCUCAAGCUGGGAAGCCCUCCAUUCCCACAUAUAUAUAUAUAUAUAUACAUAUAUAUAAUUUUCGUUCUUCUGUCAAUCAAACAUGUUUUCU